CCUGCUAGAGUUCAUUUUUAAAUGUAUAUAUGUACAAUUCGUAACUUUUUCAGCCCCUUUUAUUGAAAAGAAAAGUAACUGAAGUAUUUUUCUGUCGACUAGAAAUGGAUAACUGGAAGCUCCAGCUUGUUGUUGUGACUUUUUGUGCUUUGGUGCAAACUUAUCAGGCUUAUCAGGACGAGGAGAGGGGCAUAUCUGAAGACUGGCAGAAUGAGUCCGCAGACACAGGUCUCACCCAACCGAUGUCCAGCCUGAUGAAAAGAGCUAAAGCCCUUCGCUUCUACGGACUCAUGGGGAAACGCUCAGGGACAAAGAAACCUUUUCAAGUAGACAGACGAAAUAAAGGAGAAAUGUUUGUGGGCCUGAUGGGAAGAAGCAUCUCCAGCGACAAACUUUUAACCAGAGUGUUUGCGUCUGCAACAACCACCGCGCCUGAAGUUUUGGAGAAACCACACGAGCAAGGUUCAUCAGAGGAGUGGGUCCGAUUCCUGUAUUGA